GAGCAAAUUAUCGUAAAUAACUAGGUCGGUUAUAAUUGUCGAUAGUCGUGAAUUGGAUAGAAACGAUGUAUAAUCAUACAAGUAUAAUUAGCUAAUUUUUAUUUUAUUUUCAAGGUUAUGUCCUUAAGCCCAACGAUAAGUUAUAAAGCUGCAGAACCGACAUUUCAUCCCUGGACGGUCAGACAUGAUUCUUUAACCAAAGCAAUUUGGGAUUGGAUAGUACUAUUACUCGUCAUCUAUACUGCAAUAGAAGUGCCAUAUAAUGUUGCGUUCAUAUUACCUAUGUAUAAGAAAGUACGCUUAACGAACAACGCGCUGGAAAUCAUUAAUCUGAGCGUCGACAUUAUGUUUAUUGUUGAUGUCUCCAUAAACUUUCGGACAACGUACGUACAAGGUCGGAGUGCCAAGGUGGUUUGUGAUCCAAAGAAAAUAGCUCGUCAUUAUUUGAGGUCCUGGUUUUUUGUUGAUUUCCUUUCUGCCAUUCCAUUUGAAUUGUUUUCAUUGGUCAGCUCUAAGGAGGUAACCAAAUUUCUAAAAUAGCAUUUAUAUACAAACUUAUUUUGUCUUUAAAUUGUCCUUAUUUUUGUCCAUGCUAUCGAAAGCUUAUAUGAAAAUUGGGCCUGGACGAAAAUUACUUUGUGUAAAUCCAGUCACCCAAUGAAAAUAAAGUGUAUUAUUAUUAUUAUCAUUGGUUAGUACCACCAACCUAGUUCCCAGGUAUCAUCUCCUAACGUAUCGGUGCUGAUUUACUUUGAUUUGUUUUUGCUCAUGAAUUGACAACGAGCUUCAGAAAUGAUCCUGUACCUAUGUUUGUUUGUUUCAGGAGUUUACGUUGAUAAGUCUUCUCAAGACGGCUCGACUCUUGCGACUGGUUCGUGUUGCCAGGAAAUUAGACCGUUAUUCAGAAUACGGAGUAGCUGUCGUUUUCCUUCUUAUGGGACUAUUCACGUUAACUGCUCAUUGGCUUGCAUGCAUUUGGUACGCCAUAGGCAGGGCACAAAGGGCUGAUCAUCCUGCCAACUGGAUUAAUAUACUAUCUCGUGACCUCUCUGGCAAGAGUGGGGUAUCGUCUGGUAAUCCAAAUACAACAGAUGAAUUUGAUGUGUCCUUGACUCACUGUUAUCUUUCAGCCAUGUAUUUCACAUUGAGCAGUCUAACCAGUGUCGGCUUUGGUAACGUAGCGGCUAAUACAAAUGCUGAGAAGGCUUUUGCUGUGUGUGUUAUGUUGGUGGGUGGUAAGUUUAUAUAGUUACUUAUAAUAACAAGAUCUUGUUUAUUGACCAGCAUGACAAAGGUAUAUUUCUGAUAAUAGACAUUUUGUCAAUGGUGACGCCAUUUUGAAAUCGCAGUGCAUUGUGGUCUACCCAGCAAAAUCGGCGUUUUGUAUCGUCCUGUUAUGUAUCAAAUAAUGAGGCUAAAAUAUUAAUGUUCUUGGAAUCUUGCUUUAUUAAAAAGAUAUAUUUAAUUUCGGAAGAAUAACUGAAACCGACAAAAGUUAUAUAAAUUAAAAUAAACCAAUCGAUUGGUUCUGACAGUUGUCCUAGUGUUAUCUGAGUCUUCGAAUGUUAUAAUUGUAAAAUUUAUAAAAAGAUACAGGGGAGCAAAGUUCGAAAUUUUAAAUUUGCAGGCUUAUACGAGCAAAAUACCGGGUGUUAAGCCUCUUUUCCCGAUUCAUUACAAAAAUCAAGUCGCAAGCUAGCUGCGGGUGCUUUCAUGCAACCAUCACAAUUCUUGGCUGUUUAUUUUAAUUGGAUCCAAUUAAGCACUCGCAGCGAUCUUACGAGUUGAUUUUUGUGAUAAGUGAGGAAAAUCCCGUACUCGUCAAAUUGAUCUAUACUCCGUUGUUGUUUACACGAAAGAGUUCACGACAAUCAAGUUACCGCCCCGCAUGUUAUCUUUAAACAGCAAAAGCGGCUUUUUAAUCUAGCUUUCUACCCACGCUACAGCACAAUCGGCAUCACGAUUCAAGGCUGCCAAUUGAAAAUCUCAGUUAUUACUGAAAGCUAAUUUUAAUUUCAUUAUUUAUCAGCUUUAAUGUUUGCAACGAUUUUUGGAAACCUGACUGCCAUAAUACAACGUCUUUACUCAACUACCUCGAAGUACCACAAAGAUCUGGCCAUCGUAAGAGAGUUCAUUAAUUUCUACGAAAUACCCUCACCUUUGAGUGAUAAAUUGGAGGAUUACACGAAAAACAUUUGGGCACAAACCAAGGGAGUUAAUGUAAAAAAGGUAAGUGAUUUCAGAACUUCGAACAUUGUAUGGAAUUGACGAGUACAACUGUCAGCCAUAGCAUUUGUCUGUUAGUGUUACUUGUGCUUUUGGGAUUUUUUCUGCCUUUUGACAGCAAGUUGAAAUAUUUUUUUCAUAUUCGCUAUUUUACCAGUAGACUGUAAACAGCCUACAUUGUAUAUCACGUGAAAUGGUUUGGACUUGUACAUUAAAUUGUUUGGAUUUGGUGCUUAUUUAGUGGCGGACACUGGGGGGGGGGGGGGGGGGGGUUCCACCACUAAUUUCCGAAAACCUUUGAUUGAUAGCUUAGAUUCUACGAAUAAUAAUAUAACAGAGCUGUGGCAUCUUGACCAUGAAACAUGUUCGGCUAGGUAAUCUAUAGAUUAAGCUAUAUAUUGCAUGGAAUUUAACGCAAAAAGGUUAAAUAAUUAAAAUUUCAGCAACAAGGGAGGUCAUAUGGUAGCAACGUAACUCCCCCCGCACGCCACUGUGCUUAUUAUGUUUCUCUUUCGUUCAGGUGCUGGAAUUUUUCCCUGAAUCUCUUCAAACGGACGUGUGUUAUCAUUUGCGACAAGAUUUAUUUAACACUGUCCCAGCUUUCAAAGAAGCUGACCAUUCUUGUUUACGUUCUUUGGCCAUGAAAUUCCGUACUUCUUAUUGUUUACCGGAACAAUGUGUUGUACGGCAAGGCGAUCCAAUUCAGGAAAUGUAUUUCAUAUGUUCUGGAACUGUGGAAGUUGUGAGAGAUGGAAAGAUCAUUCUUACAUUAAGUAAGCUGAAUUACUAAGUUCGUUGCUGCACGAUACAUAAUACUUUUUUACCCUACACUGAGCUGCAUGCAUAUCGCAAUGGCAGAGGUUCUAGAUCUACGACUAUUUGUGUGAUGGAACACAGAGAGAACGUCUGGUCGGAUUAGUUGGUAAAUUCUCACGCCAUUCUACUAGGCCUUGUCCACCAUUUGCAUGUUGCCGUCUAUUUUCCACGUGCAGCAUGUUACCAAAAAAUGGCAGACAAGGACUGGUCGUAUAUGGUGUGAGAAAAGUUCUCAAAAUAAUGUAUCGUACAGUUCCAGAUUAAAUCAAAAGAGAAUAUUCAAUAGAUGAUUUAGCACUGCCCCUUCAUUCCUUUAUUGUUACUGUACGUUAAAGAUAAUGGGAACAAAAUUGUUUUUCGACAGAAAGUACUCGUAAAUUGUAAAUUAGCUAUAAUUUAAGAACUUUUCUUCAUUUCUUGUCGUUCUUGAGAUGUUUUUGAGUGUUUGAUUUGUAAAUGAAGUAAAUCUAUGACAAACUCGUCAAAGUCAUAAAAUCAACAGUUCCAACAUAUAUGUUAAUGAUUCAAUUGACCAAUUUUCAUACAGAAAAUAUCGUGUGAAAUGUGAUAUGAAUUUUGUCUCGUUUGUGAGGUCAUCGUAUUUGCAUAUUAAAUAAAGUAAGUUAAACAAAGAAAGAGAUGAAUAUUUUGCAAAAUGAGUUAUUCUACAGUUAAUUGAAGAGUUCUUUCAAACUGGUCAACUUCAAUUUCGUUGCCAAUAUAUCCAUUUAAAUUUGAUCAUCCCACUAUAUAUACUAUAUAUAGACAUUAUAAUACUAUUUUGUUUUCGUUAAUUAAAACUGAAACAUUUCCUUUUGCACUGUUUCUGUAGGCAAGGGAGACGUCAUAAGCUGCGAUUAUAAAUCUUUGAAUCAUAUACCGAAGGCGAAUUCAGAUCUUAUAAUUUGCACAAUCGCAGAGAUACAUUCAAUCGACUAUGAAGAUUUAUUGGAAUGUCUUCGGGCUUACCCUGAAUUUGGAGAGACAUUCUUUGAACGCCUUGAAGUGUCUUACAGUAUACAAGAAUAUGAAAACGUAAAUAUCAGGUUUUAUUUUAGUGCUAGCUGUUCCUAUAGUUAAUGCAUGCAUAUGCCUCUUACCUCUGCAACUGGGGAUCCAUUCCAGAAAUAUAUGUUAUUUACUGAUUGCAUGUAGGGAGAGCCCAAUCUCGUUCUUCGAGCCUGCGAUCCUCGGGAAGGAAUCGAAGGCUCUGGGAUAAUCCGUUACCGGAAGCCAAGAAUCCUGGCUAAGAUUGAACUACGCAUUCCAUUUCAAUGGCCAAUCAGAUUCCUCCCUGAAACGGAUUAUCCCAGAGCCUCGCGUUCCUUCCCGAGGAUCGCAGGCUCGGGGAACGAGAUUGGGGAGAGCCAUGUGCAAUUAGCCAUUCCGAAGUUGAUGAGAGGACUGGGGACGAGUGUUAAGAAGUGCCCAAAUUAAGAAAUGAACCAAAUCACUAAAAAGACCACCUCAAAAUUAGUAAGUAUACAAAGUUUGAAGACGUUUACAUGAAUAUCCUUCGAAUAACAAGCUUUCGAAAAUCGUGAUAUUUACUAUGAAAUGUAUUGUAAUUUCUUGUUUUUGGGACGCGCGUCCCCAAAACAGUCUUAAUUUUAAUCAGUAAUUUCACAAUUUUCGAAAGCUUAUUAUUCGAAGGGUAUUCAUGUGAACGUCUUCAAACUUUGUAUACUUACUAAUUUUGAGGUGGUCUUUUUAGUGAUUUGGUUCAUUUCUUAAUUUGGGCGCUUUUUAACACUCGUCCCCAGUCCACUCAUUAACUUCGGAAUGGCUAAUUCAGAGUCUCUACUGCUCGUCAAAAUGACGCGCUCUGCGUCGAGAUAAAUUGCAGUUGAGCCAUAACCAGGCCCGUAGCUUGGGGGGGCUGGGGGGGGGCAAUGCCCCUCAGUGCCAGCCCACUCCGAAAUUUGGUAUGAAAAAUUGAGAUAAAGGACCUGGAAACCAAUUGUAAUCAUGGGACAAAUUCUGUAAAUUUUGUGGUAAAUUUUGUGAUGUUUCGAAAAAUUUUGUUAGGUUUUGGAAAAAUUUUGUAUGGCCGGAAAAAUUGGUCUGUCCGGAAAAAAUUUUUGACCCCUAAAAUGGUACACUGACCGAAAUUUUUUUGGCGACGGGGGGGGUUGCCAAAAUAAAUUCCGGAAAAAAAUUUUUCUUAUCUCAAACCGUCUGUUACAUUCUUUCUGCAGUGAGUGCCCCCCAGAAAUUGAGAGCAAACUACGGGCUUGGCCAUAACAUGUAACUGAGACUGGAAAAAUUAGAAUAUGCAUUUGAAAGUAUUCCACUGUUGAAUCAUCAUUCGAAUAUGCAAAAAGUUGCUCAAAGAACAACUAGUUUCCGCACGGUUGACUCGCUUUAAAUUAGAAAAUAUAAUCCUUAUGUGCACCUAUCUUUAGUUUGCUUUACACAGAAGACAAACAAAUGGACAGUAUAGAAAUUGUUUAGUGACAGUUAUAUUCCGGCUAUAAGUGAAACAAAUAAUGUAUUGAACAGUUCAAUACUUUGACAUGCAUAUUCUCAUUGCGUGUUAUGAUUCAACCUCUGAGUCAAUUUAUCCCGACGCAGAAUGACACGUUUGGAUGAGCAGUCAAGACUCUGAAUUGGCUUAUGUUGUGACGUUACACCGAGCUAGCGCUUUUGAACUUAACCCUAACCCUGACCCUAACUUUUUCGACGAAUCUUUGGGGUGACGUCACUACAUCAACAGAGUGCAGAAUAGGCUUUCCCAUAACCGAUUCCCCUUCAGCCACAUCAGGGUUAGUAGUUUCAAAGACCAAAAAAUUCAAAGAUUUUCAAAAAAUUUGUCUGCCUAUUUCAAAGACUUUUCAAAAAACAUUUGAGAGCAAUCAGAUGUUCAUAAAUUGCGAUUGUAAACGCCAUACAUACAAUAUAAAGAUACAAUAUAAAGAUUUUUCGAAUAUAUAAGGAUUUCAGAGACUAGUAGGCACCCUGCAUACUUUCAUUGUGACUCUACUUAACAUUACAGGUUUGAGGCUUCCUCCGGGUAGUCCAGGAGGUUUUCUCUUGUAAUAACAAUGGCGAACAAGAGAUGGACUAUAUUUGGGCGUCUGAGAAACAGGACUUCGGACCAAAUAGAGAUAAAGCGGUUUAGAAAAUAUAGUUGGUAGUUUAGCAUAAUAUGAAACUCUUCAAUUUGUCGAAAAACUUUCAAAAACCUUUCAAGAAUCAUUAUACUUGAUAAUUUUUAUAUUUGUUGUUGUUAUAGGUCAGCGAAGGAUUGGCUGCGCGAGAGCAUCGCUUUUCAAACGCUCGACAUGAACUUUCGUCAUUUCAUAAAUUUUCCUCCUCAAGCAACAUCAAGCCUCAAUCCAACGGUGCAACGUCCAUUGAAAUACAGGAAACUUCAUUUACGAGGAAUUAUGAACCAGGGAAAAGUAGCAGAAAGAUGGAGAAACGACAAAAUAAAACAUCACUUGAUGGAAAGGAUGGCAAUGAUGAUGUUGGAAAAGAAGAGAGAAGUGAAAAUAUUGCAGAUCGUUUGAGUAACAUUGAAGGUAGAUUGACAGAAUUGGAGAAAUCUAUAACAAACAAUUUUAACCAAAUAAUCCAGCAUAUUCAGAGAAAGGAACAGUAACAAAAUAAUGAAAGUCUCCCAUCCAGUCUACGUAAAGACUGCACAAUAUGUAUACAAUAGCUGCCAGAUAAGUAAUAUGAAGUGGUUAGAUCGUUUAGAAAUACGUUCGCAAGGCUACGGUAGAAGACUGAAAUCAAUUCUCAAGAAUGAGUUCAAUAUUGCAAAAAUAGGGUUAUGCAAUUUUGAGGGCAAAUCACAACCUCGUACACAGAGUAUUUCCUCUUGUGGAGAAAAGACCCUGGUAGACACUGGUCACGUGAUCUGCUAAAAUCUAGCAGAUUUCUAAUUAACUAUCUUGGAUUCCUUUACGACAAUCGUACAAAAAGCAAAUUAAAAAUUAAACUAAAAAUUAUCCAAAUAUCAAAUAUUUAUUGAAUACCUCAGCUAGAUUUUAGCAGAUCACGUGACCAGCGUCUACCAGGGUCUUUUCUCCCCUGGUCAAGAGGAAAGACCCUGGGUACGAGGUUGGGCAAACCACUCCUAAAAAGUGAACAAAAUAAUGAGAUUUGUUUGUGGUAUGUUAUUCUUUUUGUGAUUUCUUGUGAUUUUUCAGCAGGUGUACGUGAUAUAAAUCAGUGAAAUUUAUCACUUUAUCGUUAAUUCGAUCCCAAGUCUUAAUUAGUGCAAAUAAAAUGAAAAAUUAAUCAACAAUCAAUAUAUUAAUUAUAUUUGCACGGAGGAAGAUCCGGGCUUACGGAUUGAAAGCUAAUUAAAAAAUGUAAAUAAUAUUCCAUGGCGAUUGGUGUUUUUCCACAAAAAUGGCAGAAAUUGACGUCCAGCCUCUUUCUAUUGUUUUUGUCCGCGCGAAACACUCUCUCCUCCGCAGAGGCUUACAUGAAAUUUCUAAUGUGGGAAAAGUGAGCGCGCAAGGAGUGAUGGGAAGAGCUAAAUAAAGGAAGCCUCUGCGAGUUAAUGCAAUCAAUAUGGCGUCGUAUAUAAUCGUUUGUAGCGAAGUUCGAUCAACCAUCGGGAGUGUUAAAACAUGUUUUCAACUUUCAUUUUCAGGCGUACUUGAGUAUCCUGGGGUGAAUUCAAUAUCUUCUUCUGUCCAUUUGCAUGAAAAAUAUUGAGAAAUUGCAAACGAAUAUCAAUGGUACGAGCUAUCUAAUGAUAAAUAUCCUCUUAAUUGCAACAUUUCUUUAUAAAAAUGACUCUAUUGAACUUCGAUACUCAGAUUAUGAAGAUUCAUUUCAAUUUCUUUCACAUUUCCGUCGAAUUCAAGUUUAGAAAAAGGUCAAACAACUAGUUUGGUUCAAAAACCAUACUUCGUCGCAUUAUCUGGCAGAGCCUCCCCAACUUCAUUUCAAUCUUCCUAUCGCACCGUGCGUGCUCACUUUUAUUCAGGAAACUUCAUGUAAGUUAUUUGUAAAUACUUAAGGAGGCUCUGCGGAGGAGAGAGCGGUAAACACAAGCGGGACUGCAAGGAGUGUGCCAAACUUUAAUAAUUUAAAGAAUAAUGUUAUGGUUUUAUGAACUGAUAAAUUAUGAACCCAAAAAAUAUUUCGUAGAAAUUGUUAGUUAAGUUCAAAAUUGUGAAUUGCUGCAGAUAAUUAUAGCAUAAUUCACAUUAGAGAUGGGAAACUCGUCUGAUAUAAAUCCGGCAACUGGCGAGUUUUCCUUCUCAACUUUUCCGUCCAAAUAGACGGGAAAAUUAGUCGGGAAUCGAGUCUAAACGAGAAACUUGUUUUAAUUUCGCAUUCAGACGGAUAAAAGAGACGCGGGAGAAAGCGUUGCCAAGCAAGGGAACUUAUGAACUGGAACGUACUAGAAUUUUUGAGAUAGACAAAUUAUGUUUAAAACCUACAUAAAAUUUGAAACGGAUUUCCUUUCCAUAGAAGAGUUUCCAGUCCAAGACGAGUUUCCCAUCUCUAAUAUGAAUUCGGCUAUUGCUGUACUAAUAAUAUUGUGGUGACCAAGUUACUUAACUUAAUUGUUUGUAUAUAAUAUACUAAGUUUGUAUAAAUAUUUAAUCUAAUCUGAAUAUGUAUAUAAUAUGAAUACGUAAUAACCUAUUGUAAACUUAAUAUUUUUGCCAUGGAUUUGUUAUAUGUAAUUAUGGCAAUAGUCUUUUUACGAAGAAGACAGC